GGCAACAUCGUGAAUGCGUCCAAGACGAGUGGCAUUUUCGGAUCCAAUCAUCCUAAGAUCUACCGCCUCGGUCCCAUCGACCAUUACAAAAUACGCUGGAACCAGAGAGAUUUGGCAGCAGAGACAAGGACGACGGAAGCGGCGGCCCCUAAGAAGAAGAAGAAGAUGUUGAAGGCGCCAUCAUCUUCUUCUUCGCCCAAUGCGGCCACUAGAGGGCACAAAUUUCAAGCCCUAAACAGCAAGUGCUGCCGCUUGCUCGGCGUUUUCUCUAGUCCGUUGACGAUUCGCAGACCGAGCGCCGCCGUGUCCUGCUCUUCGUCGUCUGAUGGAGCUCCAAUUCUGGCGACGUCGGCCGUCAGGGAAACGAACUGGCGGGAGGCCGGGUUGGGGAGGAGCUGGGGGGACCGCCUCAGGUUGGGCAGCUUGGCGGAGGACGGGCUGUCCUACAAGGAGAAGUUCAUAGUGAGGUGCUAUGAGGUUGGGAUAAACAAAACUGCUACUGUUGAAACCAUUGCUAAUCUUUUGCAGGAGGUUGGAUGUAAUCAUGCCCAAAGUGUGGGAUUUUCGACAGAUGGCUUUGCAACAACCCUUACCAUGAGAAAGUUGCAUCUCAUAUGGGUGACUGCUCGCAUGCACAUUGAAGUUUACAAAUACCCAGCUUGGAGUGAUGUGGUUGAAAUUGAAACUUGGUGUCAGAGCGAAGGACGGAUUGGGACCAGAAGAGAUUGGAUCCUCAAGGACUGUGCUACUGGUGAAGUCAUUGGGAGGGCUACCAGCAAAUGGGUGAUGAUGAACCAAGAUACCAGACGACUCCAGAAAGUGUCAGAUGAUGUCCGAGAGGAAUAUCUAGUUUACUGUCCAAGAGAGCCUAGACUAGCAUUUCCCGAGGAGAAUAAUGGCAGCCUGAAGAAGAUAUCAAAGCUGGAAGAUCCUGCCCAGUAUUCCCGGCUAGGACUGGUGCCAAGAAGAGCUGAUUUUGACAUGAACCAGCAUGUAAACAAUGUUACCUAUAUUGGCUGGGUUCUGGAGAGUAUGCCGCAAGAAGUCAUUGACACUCAUGAACUGGAAACCAUCACCCUGGAUUACAGGCGAGAAUGCCAACACGAUGAUGUUGUUGAUUCUCUCACAAGCCCAGAACCGGGCGAUGAGACUGCAUCUUCAGAGCUUCAUGGAAGUACUAACGGAGCUACUGGUGCCUCAGCAAAAGAGAGAGACGAUUACUGUCAGUUCUUACAUUUGCUGAGACUUUCAGGUGAUGGGCUCGAGAUAAACAGGGGGCGCACAGAGUGGAGGAGAAAGAAACCAGCAAUGUAAUUGAUCUGAUCAUUUAGUUCACCCUCCGUGCUGAUCCAUCUUCUUUGUUUGUGUUUUCUUUUCCUUUUCUUUUAAUGUUUCUGUAUUGUUUAAGUUUCUACUUUUUUCUCUUUUUGUUCUCUAUCGGGAUUUGGGAAUAGUUUUCUACCCAGAGGUUUUGCUCCAAUCUGUUGUAUUUGCACGUGGAUUGAUAAACAUUACAUUUAAUAUGAAAAGCAUUAAAACCAUAUCAAAGUUGAUAAAUAA